AUGGGAAACUCUUUGAGAUGCAUAUCGCAAGAGCAAGAUCCGAACCAGAAGAAACCAUCCGUGGCCAACGGAGAAGGUGAGAGUAGUAACUCCGGGAAACACGUGCGGAGGUUGUCGCUGAUACCAUCUUUCCGGCGCCGGACUUUACUACCGUCUCUCUCUUGCUCCGGUUCCUCCACCUCUACCUCGUCAACGUCGAAGAAAGGAGGGAUCAAGGCGAAGAAGAAGAUAAGAGAAAGACAUAACCAAGAACAUCAUCGUGACAACGAGAAAGAUUCUCUUAUCCAAGAACAAACCCUAGCCGCCACAAAUAUUCUCUUUAGCCAGACGCCACGUAACAGCAACUCUGCUCCUCCUUUCCGACGCUCCACCUCCGUCGUUUAUCCUGCCAGUACUCAGCCAGCUCCAGACGUCACCGCCGCCGCCGGUGCCGUAGGUUCCGUUUCCGGUGUCCUGACUCCUAAGAAGUUUACUGGAUAUGUUAGAAGCUCUAGCAAUAGACAGAGAUCAAGCACUGAUCCUGUUCUUAAACCCAAUCAGCUUCUAGACAAGGCAAGCACUUUUCAUUGCUUUAGCCCCUUAUAUCGUCUAUUUAUUUAA